CACUAUUUAUAGCGCACCUAUCACGAAGCAGCAGCAACGGUGCAAGUCUACCCAGCCUCCAAUGCGCGAGCGGAUCGAUAGCGGGAUGCGGUGCGCCUGCUGCUGCGGCAGGCGACCCUUUCGAGCCUCAUCGUCCACACUUGAGACUUUAUAGGGAUCACGUGGGUUCAUGGGGCAUGCCUGGUGUACCUGCUCCGCCCGAACCUGCUGCUGCUAUCGUCUAUCCCCACACUGCUGCAGGCGCAGCGCAUGUACACGCACACGCACACGCACAGCCGCGCGAGACGGCUUCGAGGGAGAGUGGGACGUGUACUCCUUCUACAUGCCCAAACAAGCUUCUUCUCCUUCUCUACCGCCUGCUGCUCAGGUCCCGCACGGAGCGAGAGCAAACAGAGUGCAAUCGUACGAUCCCAUACUGCAACAUGCGCGAGGACCUGCAUUGCCAGCUUGGGCCGCGCUCCUCCUCACGUUGGGCUUUGUGUUUGCGGUGGGCGCUGGGUUCAUAUGGAUUCAACCUGCGACUCUUACGCAGCAGCAGCAGCCGCCGCGGCAGAACACGCCUGGCGGUGGCGGUGGCGGUGGCGGUUCAGGUGCAGGUUCUUCAUCAAGUCCGGGCAACAAGGGCAAGGAGAGAGGAAAGGAGGAGGAGGAUUCAAAGGGAGCAAAUGCUUUUAAGACGGACAAGACAAAGCUGGAUGCUGCAAAGGAAAAGAUCGGACAAGCUCUUUCUUCUUUGGCUGCGUUUGACAAGGUCGAGCCUCGUCAAGAGAGGCAAUCAGCAGCAGCAGCAGCAGCAGGUCAAAAGAUGACUGGACAAGCUCACUGCGAACAUUGCGAGCAUUGCACUCAGCUCCAAGCUCAAGCUGCUGGCUCCUCGACUGGCAUGCAGAGUCAGAGCGCAGCGGUCGAGGGUUGCACGUGCAAGCUUUGUAGGAUAUGCGUCAAGUUGGGUGGUGGGCCCAAGAAGGCCAACACGGCGAACAGCAGCGCGGAUGCGAGUAGCAGUGUGAGCGACGAGGGCGGGAAUAAGCAAAAGUCCUCAGCGAAAGGCAAAGAGAAGCAGUCGGAGCAGGAUGAGGACAAGCGCAAGGAUAAAGGGGAGCAAAAGAUUUCUGAUCCGGAAGGGCAAGAGCAAAAGGAAGACAAAAAGGAGCAAAAGACGCUCAGAUCGAGCACGUCGGCGGAGAACAUGCCUACAAGCACGCAAACCACCAAGAGGACCACGGUGGAGGAAGUGCAGGAGAGUCAGAGCUCCGAUGGAAAGUCUCACAAGCUCAUCACCACCAUCGAGGUGGAAGAGCAGCCCGGACGGUCAGGCGCACCAUCUUCCAGCUUCAACAAUUCGAGCACCAAGUCUGACAAGAGCAAAGGCAACAGUGAACGCAAAAAUGAAGUUCGAGCGGGAAAGGAGGGACAAGUUGAAUCUGAAAUUCAGACUGUGCCCGCCAUCGUCAUUGCACCUCCUUUGCAGGCCGAUACGAGGAUCGAAGCUGUGCAGAUCCGACAGCCUGGCGGCGGUGCAGCCAAACGAAGUGACCUACUCAGCGCGCGUAACAAAGACGAAGCGAAUGCUCAGUUGCAAAAGGGCAGCGAUAAGGGCAGUCAGAGCGCCAGUAGCGAUGAUCGCGAAGAGAAGCAGAGCGGCAACAGCAACGACAAUGGCACCGCCAACAGUGGAUCGGCAAACGGCAACGAGAGGCAGCAAGACGAGAGGCAAGAGGGCCGAGGCAAAAAGACGCGCAAAGAAGACUUCAAAGAGUUCAAGAAGGAAAUGAAGAGCGCCAUUGUUGAUUUGCUCACUGGCUCUUCUUCCGACGCCCAAGUUACGACGGAAGCUGGCGAAGAAACGCAGGAGAAAGGCACGGCCGAUUCGUCGAAAGGCAAAGGGACUUCUCUCACCAAGGAGGCGCUGGAAGCUAUGAGCACGCGGGCUGAACAAGCCACCGAAGCUGGCGAGAGAGAUGAAGAUCUGGAGAGCGUUAGCCUGGACGGUAUCGAUGUGCGCUCACAAGAGGCUAAAGAUUAUUUCUCACACGAUUCGAGGCGACACGCGCAGGAGCUACCGAUGAUCAGCGAACCUCCUUUGGCUCAGCCGGACAUCUUUCCAGCUGUGCUUGUGAGGGAAGACAAGUCCAGCUCGACGGAGAAUGAAGAGAAUGUGCAAGGAUUGAGACCUCCAAGAUUGCCUAGACCCACGCUGCUCUCUCCCCCGCCCCCCGCUGCUGCUCUUCCGGCCGUGCUCAUCACUUCGAGCACGCGUGCGGCGCAAGAAAAGAGCGCGAACGGAUCUUCUGCUCGCAUUUCAAGCGCGACCACCUCUGCAACGAAUGGAGACGGCAGCGCAUCGAGUCAGAGCCGCAGUCAGAGCCAGCAGAGCGAAGGAUCGUCUACUUUUUCGCCCGCUGUGCUCAGCGAGACGGAGCGAAGAGCUUUGAUGAAGAGAGCGAAACAGAGGGCUUUGUUGCAAGCUGCUACGGAAGAGCUUGUGGACAGAUAUCCGGCGCUGGCGAGAGAGGGAAGCGCAAAGGUGCUCGACGCGCUGGAUCGAUUGUUUGUGGAGCAAAAUACGAAGAUCGACUCGGCUUUGGUGUUGCCCAAGAGGGUUGCCGGAAACGUUUCCGAGCGGAGACCGAACGACCCUUUGGUCGAUGCGCUUGACGGACUCAGAAAAUGGAGAUUGGCUACGCAAAUCGAGGGAGAUUUGUCUGAAACGGUCAAACCUGUUGCCCUACCCUCCUCCUCCGCAGCAGCAGCAGCCGCAUCGAGCACCUCUGCGCUGAUCGAUAAAGUGGAGCAGCUAACGCGAGAGUCAGUGGAAGAGGUGAUUCAAAAAGCUUCGGAGGCGAGGGAAAAGUUGCAGAGCGUGCUGCAGGAUGGAAAGGGCAUGAUGAUGAAGAGGAACAAGAGGAAAAAGAAGAAGAGCGUGCAAUUUGCGGAUGAGGUGGAGAAUGAGGAAUGGAGCGAUAAUGAUCGGGAGACGAGGAGGAGGCUUAGGAGCGCGGAGAGGGCCGAGAGGAGAAGACGUAGGAAGGAAGAGGAGGAGAUGCAAGAAGCAGGCGAGGAAGAAGAGGAACAGGAGGAGGAGAAAGAGGAGGAAGAGAGGGCGGCUUUGAAGGGGAAGAACAAGGUGACAAAGAGCUCUUUGAAAAACACCAACGCGCAAGGAGAAGAGGCGGGAGAAAAGCAAAAGUUGGAGAAAGGGACGAGAAGGGCGAGCAGGACAUCGGACAAGAUGGAGCCGGUCAACCUUUCGGACGAUUCGUUGCGACGCAUCAUGAACCUCACACGCCAACUACAAGCGGCAUGAAAUCACCUGAUCAGGCGAUUCAAUGCAGUCGCGCCACACGCACUGACCCAUGGCCCAUUCUCUCGAUCGCAAAAAGCAAAGACGCCGGUUUGAAAAGCUGCAUCGCUUUAGAGCUUUUUCAAUUUCACCUGAUUCCAAACCCUCCACAUUGUCUUUUUCUCCUUGCGAUUCAGUAGCAACCUGCGAUCCACUGCUAGCUGAAG